CCCCCAGGCCCGCCUCCUCCCGUAACUGGCUUCCCCAUCGUGGCCUCGCAGCUCCUCCCCUGCCUCGGCCUUAAAACCCCACCUGCAGCCCCGAGCCGGCAGCGUUCCCAGGGGGCACCCACCCGGCGAGCCGCUCCGCAGUCGCUGCGCCAGCUGUGUCUCCUCAGCCUGAAAGUGGGUCGGGAGGGUCUGGGCCCGCGGGGUCAGAUCGGCGGUGGCAGCGGCGGCUGGGACCUGACUGUGAGGCAGGAGCGGCGGCCACGGGGAUCUGGCCUUGAGGGGACACCAGCCAUUCAGCGGAGCAGGACUCGAGAUUGAUUUUCUUGCCGAGGGUCAAGACACAUCUGCGAGGGGUGCGGAGCGAGGCGUGAGGACUCUUGGUCAGAGGACGCUGGCUCCCGCUCCUGCUGGGCACCGAGACCCCCGCCCAGCACAUCUGACCCGCUUCUCAGGAUCCACCAGGCCUCCCAGAGCUGGGAGGAUCUAGCCGAGGCAGCCCAUGGCUUCAGCUGGCCUUGAGCUCCUGGGCAUGAGCCUAGCUGUGCUGGGCUGGCUGGGGACACUGGUGUGCUGCGCCCUGCCCCUGUGGAAGGUGACCGCCUUCAUCGGCAACAGCAUCGUGGUGGCCCAGGUGGUCUGGGAGGGGCUGUGGAUGUCCUGCGUGGUGCAGAGCACAGGCCAGAUGCAGUGCAAGGUGUACGACUCGCUGCUGGCGCUGCCCCAGGACCUGCAGGCGGCCCGCGCCCUCUGCGUCGUCGCUCUCCUGCUGGCCCUGCUCAGCCUGCUGGUGGCCAUCACGGGCGCCCAGUGCACCACCUGCAUGGAGGACAAAGGCGCCAAGGCCCGCAUCGUGCUCACAGCGGGGGUGGUCCUCCUCCUGUCGGGCAUCCUGGUGCUGAUCCCCGUGUGCUGGACGGCCCACGCCAUCAUCCAGGACUUCUACAACCCCCUGGUAGCCGAGGCCCUCAAGCGGGAGCUGGGAGCCUCCCUCUACCUCGGCUGGGCGGCGUCCGCCCUGCUCAUGCUGGGCGGGGGCCUUCUCUGCUGCACAUGCCCCCCGCCCCAGAACGACCGGCCCCAGGGACCGAGGCUGGGCUACUCUAUCCCCUCCCGCUCGGGCGCGUCUGGGCUGGACAAGAGGGACUAUGUGUGAGGUGCGUGUCCCUGGAAGCCUGCUACUCAGAACCUCGACCUUGUGCCCGGUGCCCUCCUCUCACCUGUGCCUUCUCCGGUCAGCCCCCCGCCCCCACCCCAGGAUUCAGGAUGGCCUCAUCCAGAGGGCAGUGGCUUCUCAUGCCCUCCCCAGCCUGGAGUUCUGCAUUCGUCCCCUCUGGCAUGGCCACUGCCAGCAUCCAGAGGCCCAGGACAGGUCCUCUGGGAGCUGCCCGUUCCCUUCAGGCUGGGAGGCGCAGGCGCACCUCACCCCCACCCCACCUUCCAGGAGGGAAUAAAUAGAGCAUUUGUAACUC